UCGCGCUGUCUUUGUCGCACCCACAGGGCCGGUUGCCGGCUGCUGCAGGCGAGCGAGAGAGAGGGCGGACCCUCACGACUCACGCAGCUCCCGACGCGGCCCGGCGGCCGCUUGUCCCGCAGCUUGUUGCUGAACAGCGCUCACGCUUCAGUCCACCAGUCCAGUCUUCCUUCAGUUUGAGAAGUGGUGUCGAGCCGCUCGGGUCUCUUCGCCUUGCCGCCCUCUUGCCCAGUCGCGCCGCCUCCCUUUCGUUCGUCCAGCCGGGCUCGGCCAGCUCAGUCAGUUCGUCAGUUUACAGCUCCGCGCGCCGGAACAUUGUCUCUUGCACCGACGUGAAGUCCUGCUGGUCUGCGAGCCGUCCGGGGCCGUGCCAUGGGGUUGUUGUGGCCGGGCCGUGCGUGACCCGGGCCCUGACCUGUUGAGCGCCGUGCGUGUGUGUGUGUGAUGGUGAUUGUGUGUGCGCCAUGGGGGGAUCACAGUGCUCCAAGAAUGAGGCGCCGCCCUGCGUCGAGCUGGACGCCGCCAAGAACACCAGCAUCCGGGCCAGCAUGCGGACUAAGCUGCCCAUGCCGGACUCUAGCGAGCUGGAGAGGAAAUUCACCAAAGUGCUGGCCUCGAUGGACCUCCCGCCGGACAAGGCCAAGCUGCUCAAGCAGUACGACGACGAGAAGAAGUGGGACAUCAUCUGUGAUCAGGAACGCGUCCAGGCCAAAGACCCGCCCGGACACUACCUCACGAAGCUGCGCACGUACCUGGACCCCAAGGCCUCGAGGAGCUCCCGGGCGUGCCUGGAUCACACUUCCAGCCUUCUGGUCCUGUUCUGUCGUCCCCGUUCCUGCAGCGCUCCGUGCCAGAAACGUAAGAUGGUUGGAGAUGCAACUUCUACCCAAGUUUUGCGAGAUCUUGAGAUAUCACUAAGAACUAAUCAUAUUGAGUGGGUUAGAGAAUUUUUAGAUGACCAAAACCAAGGAUUGGACUCACUAAUAGACUACCUUAGUUUCCGACUUGUUAUGAUGAGGCAUGAGCAACGGCAAACAGAGUCAAGAGCUAAUUCCGAGGAACGCAUUAAUUCACCUGCUGGAAGUACCUUAUCUUCCAGUAAUGGCCCUAAUACUCAUAAUGGUCACCUACGCCCAGCUUUGGACAUUCUGGACAGUCCUGCUAUGAAACGCAGAUCCCGCCACAUGGCAAAGUUACGCAUGGGUGAUGCUAAAGAUGAUAUCCAUGUUUGCAUUAUGUGCCUACGUGCCAUUAUGAACAAUAAAUAUGGAUUUAAUAUGGUGAUACAACACAGAGAGGCUAUCAAUUGUAUAGCUCUCAGUCUAAUGCAUAAAAGCUUAAGAACUAAAGCUUUAGUUUUGGAGCUGCUUGCUGCUAUAUGUCUAGUCAAGGGAGGCCAUGAGAUAAUUCUCUCUGCCUUCGACAAUUUUAAAGAGGUUUGUCAUGAAACUAGACGGUUUCAGACACUUAUGGACUAUUUCAUUAAUUAUGAAGUAUUUCAUAUAGAAUUUAUGGUUGCUUGUAUGCAAUUUGUUAAUAUUGUGGUUCAUUCAGUGGAAGACAUGAAUUUCCGUGUCCAUCUUCAGUAUGAGUUUACAAAACUAGGAUUUGAUGAAUAUCUGGAAAAGCUUCGUCAUACAGAAAGUGAAGAGCUUCAAGUACAAAUAUCAGCCUACCUUGACAAUGUCUUUGAUGUUGCUGCAUUAAUGGAAGACAGUGAAACAAAAACUGCUGCCUUAGAGAAAGUUGCCGAACUAGAAGAUGAACUUGGUCAUGCCCAUGACAGACUAGCAGCUUCAGAAAGGGAGUGUUUAUGUAAGCUAGCUUCCUUAGAAAGUGAAUUAGUUCAACUAAGAUCUGAACGUGAUGAAUUAUCAACAGAGCUUCAAACACUGAGGCGAACUGCUCAGCAACACCAGCAAGAUGCCCAUAAUAGACAAUCAGUUUUGGAAAAUAAAAUUCAAGAGCUGGAGACCCUUACUAGAACCCUGCCAAGACCAGAUAGUAGCAGCAGUGGAGUCAGUAUGGGGUCUAGCAACUCAUUCUCUUCCUUUUCAUCGUCCUCAUCUCCACCUGUUCCUCCUGCGCCUCCAGCACCUGCACCUCCGCCCCCUCCACCACCUCCACCCUGUCCACCACCUCCUCCCCUACCUCAGACUUCAAACUCUCCUCCUCCACCAGCACCCCCCGUCCCCAUACCGCCUCCUCCAGGGCUAAUGGCUGCUCCAGAUGGAGCUAUGACAAUCAAGAGGAAGGUACAAACAAAAUACAAAUUACCAACUCUUAAUUGGGUUGCUCUUAAGCCAAAUCAGGUGAGAGGAACAGUCUUCAAUGAACUGGAUGACGAUAAAUUGCAUUCCUUGAUAGACUUCACAGACUUUGAAGAAAGAUUCAAGCUUGGUGUAGGGCCAGCAGUAGCAGCAGGUGAUAAGUCUGAAACUGACGGUCUGACUGCUUUCCCCAGUAAACGAUUUAAGAAGCCUGAAAAUGUUUCCCUUUUGGAACACACAAGACUAAGGAAUAUUGCUAUAUCUCGUCGUCGAAUGGACAUGAGUGUUGACAAAGUGAUUACUGCAGUCAAUUGUUUGGACCUAAAGACAUUACCUUUGGAAAGUGUUGAAAUAUUGCAGCGAAUGUGUCCAACUGAACAAGAGACAAAAGCGUAUCGUGAAUAUGUUGCAGAGAAGAAGGACAUAAACAUGUUAACUGAAGAAGACAAAUUUUUGCUGCAACUUAGUCGUGUUGAGAGACUUACAACAAAAUUAACUAUAAUGAGCUAUGUUGGAAAUUUCUUUGACAAUGUUCAUCUGAUAACCCCACAAGUGCAUGCCAUUAUAUCUGCAGCAAGUAUGGUGAAGAAUUCUACAAAAUUGAAACGAGUUCUUGAAGUUAUUCUUGCAUUUGGAAACUAUUUGAACAGUGGGAAAAGAGGUCCCGCAUAUGGUUUUAAGCUUCAAUCAUUAGAUUGUUUACUGGAUACCAAAAGUGCAGAUAGACGUCAGUCUCUAUUACACUACAUAGCCCAAACAGUUCGCUCUAAGUUCCCAGAUCUUUUGAACUUUGAGUCAGAGCUAUUAUAUAUUGACAAAGCAGCUACAGUGUCUUUGGAAAAUGUUCUCACCGAUUUGGCUGAGCUUGAAAAAGGCAUGGAAGUGGUCCGGCGUGAGGCAGAACAAAGAGGGAACAACCCAAGCGCUGUUAGUAAUGCUGCAAAUAAUGGUGCAUCAUUAGUUCUGAGGGACUUCUUAGGAAAUGCAGAGGAAAAAUUACGAAGAUUAAAAACCGAUGUGAAAAAUGCUCAAGAAACUUUCCGCGACUGUGUUGAACUUUUUGGAGAAUCCCCUCGCUCAACAGAUGCCAAUGCAUUUUUCCCAUUAUUUGUUAGGUUUGCACGUUCUUUCAAGAUGGCUGAUCAGGAGAAUGAACAGCGUCUUCGCCUUGAACAGGCUGCUUUGGCAUCAAAGCAGCACAUGGACCAAAAUACAGGCCCUACUAAUCAAGAAGUUCUACGGCGAAAUAAACUGAACCAGAAAAAACAACAGGAUGCUGUCAUUAAUGAGUUGAAGCACAAAACUCGAGCUGUCCAAGAAAAGAAGUUGCUGCAGCAAGACGAAGUUUACAAUGGUGCACUUGAAGAUAUCCUUCUAGGUCUAAAAAGUGAACCGUAUCGACGAGCUGAUGCCGUCCGUCGUUCCCAACGCAGGCAUAUAGACAGUAAUCGUUUAUCACGCAAUAUGGAAAUGGACUUUUAAUAUAGGUAUUCUUGUUUGAACCUUUUCUCAUUAUGCCACUUUGAGUUGUACUUUUUUCUUUUGUUAUUUUAAAGUUUAAUUUUGUGUUGCUAUGCAUGCACCUCAUGCAGUUCUGUGAUAUGAUAUUUCAAGAGACUUGGCAAGUCUUGAAUUUUUUGGGGUACAACAGUAUCCCUGGCUUGUGAUAAUAGUUGCCUUUAUAUAUGAACCCUAGUGGUUGUACAGCAUUCUAUUGAUAUGACUUCAAUUAUUAUUAAUUAUGAUACACCUAUGCACAGUUUUGCUACCUUGUAAUUAAAAUGAAUAAACUUUUCAAGUUUUUAAAAUCUUUUAUAUUUUGAUCUUAUGUGUGUUAAAUACUGCAAUGUUGUUUUCUGAAUGAAAAGUGCCUUAAGCUUUAAAUGAAGAAUGAAUUUUUUAAUUUGUAAAAUAAUGAAUCUCUCUUGUUCUUGUUUUGUAAUUACUAAGUGCUUUAGCUUGCUUAAUGCACACACAUUGAAAAUAUGUAUUGUACAAUUCUGUAAUAUGAGACUAGAUUGUAGUAUUAUUAGUCAGAAUGAGCUUGUGAUUUACCCAUAUCCUUUUAUUUUAAGUAUACAUAUUAAUUUAUGUAUGUAUCUAAUGAUUAAGAGGAUGAACUAGAGAGACUGUGGUCAAUUUUAUAAGUUACAGAAUCAUUGUUUGUUGAAUUGCGUUUUAUGUUGUGGAUCAUAAAUUUCGUAUAUUUUUACAUGUUUGCGCAUAGUUAUCUCUAUAAUGUUAAAAGUGAAAUUCAAUUAUGACAUAGCAUUAUUGUGUGAUCAUUUUUGUCUCAUAGAAUGACUUAGAUGUGUCGUGAAUGUUAAAGUGUUUUGGAAUUUGUAAAUGACUACCAUUCUUUGUGAUUAGGCCCUUUAAAUGUGUUCCUAUUGAUAUUUCAUUUAUGAAAUACUGAUUAUUAAAACAAAAUUAUGUGACAUUCCAUCUUUAUCCACACAUCAGAAAUAUUUGAAUGGUUUUCUUAAACACCACUUAUUGAUCCUUAUUCUCAUUUUAUUUCAAUAUUUAACAGUUCAGUUCAUCAGCAUCAGUUGUUAAGUUAGUUUUACAAUUUAGCUUUUGGUGUAGUAGUUCAUGACUUUGAUUUACACCAAAUAAAAUUUCUGCACAUGCAGACACCAUACAUUCCGCAGUGGUACUAUAUUCAACUACUUCAGACAAGCUCAUAUUUGUUCCUUAAAGCCACACAAUAAAAAACUAAAUUCCACAAUCUGGGUUUGAUCAAGUUUUAUAUGAAUAUAUUUUGUGGUCUAGCAAAUUUUAAAUCUCCUAGGAGACAUCCCAAAAUACCUAAUGUAGUGCCUACAACUGGUUAAGUGCUUGCUUGCUCAUUGGAAAUCACAUUAUUUACACUCUUGAAAGUACAGAAUUAGUAUCAGGCUUUGUUUUUGUGCUCCUUUGUUACCACUUGAGAUUCAUAGAUUCAUGAUGUAUGACAAUAUAUAUUCUUAAUUUGUCUGAUGUUCAAUAACUGGUACCUAUAGAAAAUAAAACCAAAAUUGAA